AUGCAUAGGAAUUAUUAAGAUGCUUAUUAGAUAGUUUACGUGAAGGAGAAAAAAAUUGAAUAAAAUAAAUAAAAAUAUACCUAACAUAAUACUAAUAUAGAAUAAAUAUUUGGAUCUUAUUUAUCUAAUUAUAUUAAAUAUUUAAAUUGUUAAAAUAUUAAUCGAACAUUUGAAUUUAUUUUAGACUUGUCAAUAUAAUUAAAUAACGAAAAUAUUUAAUAAUAGAAAAAUUAUAUUCCUUUAAAUACAAUUGAUUUUCUUCAGGAAUAAAAUGAAGAAUAAAAGUAAAAAAAUUAACAUUAGAUUAAUUUUUAAUAGUCUAGAGAAGUUUCUUAUUAAAAAAUCGAAGAAUAAAACUUACAAAAUAUUAAUAUUCCUAAUUUUGAUAUUAAAAAAGAUUAACUAUAUCAGCCUAACUUAAAAAUUAAAAAUAAAGUUACAUAUUAAAUAAAAAAAAUUUAAUGUCUAUUAGAUGAUUUUUUUGCUGUUGAAAAAUUUGAUAAAUAAAACAAUUAAUAUAAAUGCGAAAAAUGCGGAUAAAAAUUUUUUUUUCAUAUUUAAAAAAAUAUAGCUUAAAUUGAAAGAUAAUAUUAUUUAUAUGAACCUCCUAAAAUAUUAACAAUAGUAUUAAAAAGAUUUUAAUAAAAAAAUGAUAAAACAUUAAUAAAAAAUGUUAAUUAAGUUGAUAUAUGUGAAUAAAUAAGUAUUAAUGAAUACAGUUUAAUAAAAUUAAAUUAAUAGUAAGAUAAUAAUUUAAUUAAAUAGUAUAAUUAUAAAUUAUAUGCUAAUAUUUGUCAUUCUGGAUCUAUUAAUUAAGGACAUUAUACUGCCUAUGUUAAACAUUAUAAAGAUGGUAAAUAUUAAUGGUAUUAUUAUAAUGAUGAGAAAUAUGAAGAAAGUGAUAUAUAAAGUGAACUUAUAGAUAUAUUUAAUUAAUAUGAUAAAAAUGGUGAUAGAACAUUAGAUUAUAAAGAAUUCAUAUAAAUUUUAUUUGAAGAAAGAAACUCUAAAACAUAAAAAAAUAAUCAAUUCAAAUCUGAAAAUUAGUCUUAUUCUUUUUCCAAAUUUUAAUAGAAAUUACUAUCAAGAGGUGCAACUGGUAUUUUAGGUAUUGCAAGAUAAUUUAGAAUAUUCGAUGAUGAUAAUUCUAAGACAUUGUGCUUCUCUGAAUUCAGAAAAGCAGUACGCGAUUUCUAAGUUGAUAUAACAGAUUAAUAAAUAUAAGAGGUAUUCGAAUAUUUCGAUAAAGACGGGAACGGUACAAUCAACUAUGAUGAAUUUUUAUUAAGUAUAAGAGGUCCUAUGAAUCAAAUCAGACGUCGUUUAGUCCAUUAAGCAUUUAAUAUUUUAGAUAAAGACUGUUCCGGAAUAGUAGAUUUAUAUGAUAUAAAGCAAAUAUAUAACGGAAAAAUGCACCCUGACGUCAAAAGUGGUAAAAGAACAGAAGAAUCCGUCCUUUUGGAAUUUAUUAACACCUUCGAAUCAUAUACUGGAUUUAGAGGAAUUAAAGAUGGAUAAAUUACACUAGAAGAAUUCGAAGAUUAUUACUCAUUUAUAAGUGCUUCUAUUGAUAGAGAUGAUUAUUUUACUUUAAUGAUGAAUAAUGCCUGGAGAAUGAAUGAUGGAUAAAAUAAAAACUGGGAUACGAAAGGUUGGUCCAAUUAAUAAUAAUAAGGAGGUGGAAAUAGCAAUUAAAAAAAAUAAUUUAUAUCCUCAACUACAUAAAAUGCACCUUUUGGAACUAGUAAUAUUCCUACAGAUUAUGGAACAAAUUUAAGACCAAAUACUGCUUAAUAAUAUUAAUAAAAUAAUAAUGAUAACUGUAAUAAUUUAAGACAAGGAGGAGGUAUUUAGAAAGGUGGAUAAUAAGGAUAAUAAUAUUUUAAUACAUUUAGAGCUAAAUUACUAGCAAGAGGUACAAGAGGUAUUUAAUGUUUAGGAAGAUUGUUUAGAAACAUAGAUGAUGAUAAUAGUAAAAGUUUAAGUUUGAGAGAAUUUUAGAAAUGCUGUAAAGAUUUAAGAAUGGGAUUUAAUGAAUAAGAAAGUGCAACAUUAUUUAGAUUAUUUGAUAGAGAUGGUUCUGGAGAAAUCGAUUAUAAUGAAUUCCUUAUUUCAGUAGUUGGAGAAAUGAAUAAAUUUAGAAAAGGAUUAGUAAUGCAAGCUUUUAAUAAGCUGGAUAAAAAUAAAAACGGAACUAUAGAAGUAGACGAUAUUAUUGGUGUUUAUAAUGCUAAAUAACAUCCUGAUGUUAGAAAUGGAAAAAAAUCCGAAGAAGAAAUUCUGGGUGAGUUUUUAGAUACUUUUGAAUAACAUCAUGCUAGUUUGAGAGAUAGAUAAGUUUCAACCGAUGAAUUUAUUGAGUAUUAUAAUAAUGUUAGUGCAUCGAUUGAUGACGAUAAAUAUUUUGAAGUUAUGAUUAGAAAUGCAUGGAAGAUUUGA